AUGUCAAAGACUCCUUCGCGGGGUAUGGGACCAGAAUACCGCCCGGAGGAACAGAGGCCCAUAGCCACCGUGUCGACCGAAGUGCCACACCCCAAUGUGCAUGUCCUCUCCCAGACGCCGCAGCUAAUCGCUCUUCUGACUAUGAUCCGCGAUGUAAACACGAACCGCGCAGACUUCAUCUUCUAUUCCAACCGCAUCAUCCGACUGCUAGUCGAGGAAGGUCUGAACCACCUGCCGGUCGUCCAGCACACGAUCAACACCCCGGUGGGCAUCUCCUACUCCGGUGUCAAGUUCGAGGGCAAGAUCUGCGGUGUCUCAAUCAUGCGUGCGGGAGAAGCCAUGGAGCAGGGCCUGCGGGACUGCUGUCGAAGCGUGCGAAUCGGCAAGAUCCUGAUCCAACGCGAUGAAGACACGGCGCAACCGAGACUCUUCUACGACAAGCUUCCCGAGGACAUCGCGCAGAGAUAUGUCUUGCUGCUCGACCCCAUGCUUGCGACAGGUGGCUCCGCGCUCAUGGCGGUCCAAGUGCUCCUAGAUAAGGGCGUCCCCGAAGAUCGGAUCCUGUUCCUAAACCUGAUCGCCAGCCCCGAAGGGGCGGAGAACUUUGCGCGGAAGGUCCCCAAGGUGCGUGUGGUCACGGCGUUUGUCGACCAAGGGCUGGACGACAAAAACUAUAUCGUUCCUGGGUUGGGAGAUUUCGGUGACAGGUUCUACACGAUGUAA